AUGGCGCGAAAUGUCCAGGAAAGCUGUAGAAAGGUGCCGUGCGAGAUGGCAGCGAUUGAGGCCCCUAUUGAGCGGCUAGAUGUCGCGCGCGGUUUGGAGAACGUGCCUGUGAGCGCGUGGCCCCCGGGGGCAGAGCCAGAGCCCUUCCAGUAUACUCCUGACCAUGUAGCUGGACCUGGAACAGACGUUGAUCCCACACAAAUAACCUUUCCUGGAUGCAUUUGCCUCAAAACUCCCUGCCUCCCUGGUACUUGCUCCUGUCUCCGUCAUGGGGAGAACUAUGACGAUGAGUCACGCCUUAUAGAUGUAGGAUCCGAAGGAAAGUGCGCCAAGCCAGUUUUUGAAUGCAACAUCCUGUGCCAGUGCGGUGACCACUGCAGGAACAGAGUGGUCCAGCGGGGUCUGCAGUUCCAACUCCAGGUGUUCAAAACGGACAAAAAAGGCUGGGGACUCCGUACCUUGGAAUUGAUACCAAAAGGACGGUUUGUCUGUGAAUAUGCUGGUGAAGUUUUGGGAUAUUCUGAAGUACAGAGAAGAAUUCAGUUACAGACAAUACACGAUCCAAAUUACAUUAUAGCUAUCAGAGAACAUGUUCACAGUGGGCAGGUCAUAGAAACAUUUGUCGACCCUGCCCACAUAGGAAAUAUUGGAAGAUUUCUCAACCAUUCUUGCGAGCCAAACCUGCUGAUGAUUCCUGUCCGAAUUGACUCAAUGGUACCAAAGUUGGCACUUUUUGCAGCCAAAGACAUUUUGCCCGAAGAAGAACUCUCUUAUGACUAUUCAGGCAGAUUUCUUAAUCUAAUGGACAGUGAAGACAAAGAAAGGCUAGAUCCCGGGAAAAUAAGAAAACCUUGUUAUUGUGAUGCCAGAUCAUGUGCUGCUUUCCUGCCUUAUGACAGUUCACUCUUCUGCCCCUUAGAAAAACCAAACAUCAGUUAGGAGCAAAAGCAUGGGAGGAGUGCAUUAGGCCUCUCCCAGUGGGUGACAGUGAGAAGGAACUGAAGGGGUUUGGCUCAGCCCCUUCCCAGAUCCUCUCUUACAAGCACUUUAGCCUCUGGGUAAGGCUCUGCUCUGUGUUAAGCGCUUGUGUUUCAUUAUAGGGAAGGGUGGUGGUUGUCGGGCUCCACCUCUGGUUGCAGAAGUUUAACUCAGGAAUACAGCACAGGCUAUGAAUCGUCUAGCAAUAUCCAUUCUCCCUUUCUACAGUGGAAUUCUCAGUUUUUAGCUGGGUACUUUUCCUAGUUAGAUGUGGCUAAGUGACUAUGUACUAGCUAAUGAGACAGAAGCAAAAAAUGGUGUGUCUUUAAAUGGAAACAUGUUUCCUUAUCCCACUCUUCCUGUUGGCUAGAGCAUCUGCAUAUAGCUGGAGCUGGGGCAUCCAUCCCAAACCCCAAAAUUACCCUAGAAAAGGAGGCCAUUCAUAAAAUGAACAAACUUAACAGGAGACUGAGUGCCAAACACUCUGGAACUCUGUCAUUCCUGAUCUGAUACCUCUGGACUUUUAGGUGAAAGUCCCUUGUUUAUGCCACUAUUAUUGUCAGUUUUCUAGCACUAGCACCAAACCUCAUAAUGAUUCAAGGAAAUCCUGUGGCUACAUACCGAAGCCUUGCUUUCCAAUUAAUUUAAUCAGUAAUAAAGUUGAUAUUUUCAUCUUCA